GUAGUAUUAUGCUAGUUUGUGUUUAAUAUUCUUAUGUUUAAGGUGCUAAAAUUGUUGCAAGGUGUGACUGUGCACAAUGUGAUGCAUUUAGAUCCAGAAUGCACUGAAACCUACUCUAAGAUUUUCACAACAAAAUACACCAAGGCUCACUGCAUGAGAUGGACAAUACAACGCUUGUCACAGUUCCUGUUGUGGCUAUUCUAUUUGAACCAUUCCUCUUGACUGUGUUCCUUGUUGCGGUAGUAUCCAAUACCAUGCUACUCGCACUAAUCUGCAAAGCCUACAAAGUCAUUAACAGUACCAACAUCUAUCUUUUCUCACUGGCAGUGGCAUAUCUUAUAAGAUGCUUCUAUGGUUUUACUUUGAUUGUGACAUUGCCUGUUCGCGAAUGGAUUUUUGGGGGUGCUGUGUGCUCUAUCAACCAAUUCGUAUAUCGACUGACGACAAAUGCUACAGCGAUGACAUAUUUGGUAAUUGCUCGUGACCGAUACAGAGCUGUGAUUCAUCCUUCAACCUAUUCAAAAGUCAAAAAAAGAAAUUCUCUCAUCAAAAGUAUAAUCCUUUGGCUAAUAGCGAUCGGUGUGUCACUUCCCGGUACUAUCUGGGCUAUCACACAAAUCUCUGCAACCGACAGUUUGUCGUGGUCAAAUUGUUUCGGUGAGAUUACUGAUUCUGAUAUCCCUUCAAUCACUGUUGAUUUUAUAGGCAUACUCUUGAGCAAUAUUUCUGUUAUCAUUACUCUCAUUUACUAUGGUUUCAUUCUGAAGGAGCUAAAUGCCCUCGAUAAGCUACGCUCUCAGUAUCGUAUGUUGUCGGAAACAUCUUUCAGAAUAAAUUUGAGAGAUCGACCAGUAUUUUGCUCUGCUGAAGAACGGGCAGCCAAGUCUCUUGCAGUUAUCACGUUCUUCCAGUUUGCUUGUGGUUUCGUAACUAAUACGCUUUCAAUAGUACGGCUGAUAGAACUUCUUAGAACUGGUAUGGAAAAUGAGAUACUAAGUUUGCUCUACAUAUUAUUUCUUUUCUUCCACGUGCUACCGAUUCUCAACCCUGUUUUGUUGAUUGCGUUCAAUAAACGAUACCGAAACAGACUCAAAGGAUUGUUCAAGUGUGAACUCAUGCCUGAAUCUAACGGACAAUAUGACACUUCUUCGCCCAAAAGCCCUGAACUAAGUGCUUUUAAAUAUACCAAGAAAUCAGCAAGAAUCGCAGUAUUCAUUAGUGAAAAUCCCACAUUCAACGAAACAGAUAGCUCCAAUAAUGUUAAUGCGCACCACAGGCCAAAAUUACAGUUUUCUCAUCAUUCCGAGAUUGAACGUUAUGGCCAGGAACAAAUCGACAAUGAAAAUGCUACUGUUGAUUAGAAUUAAUGAGCUCCACAAAUCGAAUAGCAAAUAUCUAUAGCUGUGGUGGCUUUCAGCCAAUGAUUAACUCUUGUGCAUAUAUUAUGUAUUAGUUAUUGUGAUAGAUAAUUAUUAUACCUGCAUGCAUGUAUCCUCUAUUAUCUUAACACGGGAAAAAUAAUGUUAAAUCUGUAGAAGUAUAGCUGCUGGCCAAUCUUAGAUAGAACCUAUUUUUGGCUACAAUAAUUAUAUGGACACAGCUCUCACAA